GAGGGAAAAACAAACGGAAAACAGAGAGAAAUUCAUUUCUUCGUAUUAUCAAUUACAUUUCAGAGCUCUGAAAAUGAGCAGUUUCUCGUUCAAGAGCUUCUCGUGGAGGAAAUCGAAGUCGGAUUCCGGCAAUUCCUUUUCGCCGGAGGAGGAGAGGUUUCUGACGGAAAAUAUGGGAACUCUGAGAGUGCCGGAGAUCGUUCCUUCUCCUGCUGAGGACUGUGAUAGGCUCAAGAAAGCUUUUGAUGGAUGGGGAACGGAUGAGAAGGCAUUGAUAAGGAUAUUAGGACAAAGAAAUGCGGCACAAAGGAAGGCUAUUAGAGAGACAUAUGUCGAGCUAUACAAUGAGGGACUCAUUGAUCGCAUCAAUAAUGAACUCUCUGGUGAUUUUAGAAAAGCGGCAAUUUUGUGGGCAUAUGAUCCUGCAGAAAGGGAUGCCAGAUUGGCAAAUGAAGCCUUGAGGUCAUAUAAGAAAGGCAUCCAUGAGCUUCAAGUAUUAAUCGAGAUAGCCUGUGCAACAUCUCCUCACCAUUUAAUGGCAGUAAGGCAGGCCUACUGUUCUCUCUUUGAUUGCUCGCUUGAAGAAGACAUUUUCUCCACCGUCUCCAUGCCUCUUAGAAAGCUUCUAGUUGGUAUGGUGAGUUCCUUCAGGCAUGAUAAAGAGGUGGUGGACGGUAUUGUUGCUGAUUCAGAAGCCGAUUUAUUACACGAUGCUAUCAAAGCAAAGCAAAUAAACCACAGCGGUGUCAUUUGGAUACUCAGCACAAGAAAUUUCUUUCAGCUUAGAGCAACCUUUGCAUGCUAUAAGCAAAAGUAUGGAAAACCUAUUGACCAGGACAUUGUGAAAUGUGGAAAUAGUGAUUUAGAAUCUCUCUUCAAAAUUGCAAUUUUGUGCAUUGACACUCCUGAAAAACACUUUGCAAAGGUAAUCAACAAGGCCAUUGUUGGGCUUGGAACAGAUGAAGAUUCUCUAACCAGAGCCAUUGUAAGUCGAGCUGAGAUAGACACAAUGAAAAUUAGAGAAGAGUAUGCCAACAUGUUCAAAAGCAAGCUCGACGACGAUGUCAUUGGCGACACAUCUGGAGACUACAAGGACAUUUUGAUGAUCUUGCUUGGAGCUAAAGUUUGAUUCUUUCCAACUUCUCUUUGCUUCUUGCCUUCAUCUUUCUCACUGCAAAUUCCAUGUUUGGUUUUGGAUAUUGAUUGUAGGCCUUCGAAUAAAUAACUUGUUAGCCUUUGUAUAUAUAUUUGGAAGAUUGAUUGUCAGGAAAUAAGAAAUAAUAAAAAGGGAACACUUUGUCUCUUUCUUGCUGCUGUUUUAUUCCGUUAAUGCCUAUUUCAGAUAUCCCAAAGAAAGAAAGUUAUUGAGACUUUCUUGGUAUUAGGCCUAUAGGAGUUGAAAAAGUGCUCCCAUCUGUUCAUAGGAAGAAACUUUAGCAAUAUUUCCAAUCACUUACGAAGAAAACCCGACCAAAUUGCCUAUAAAUUGACGAAAAAUUAAAUAACCAAAGGUCGAUAGAAUUUAAUGCAAGUAGUGCCUUUAGUAAAAUCAUUCUUGUCAUUAAGAACAAGAGAACUAAAUUUUCUUAUACUUUUUUGUGCAAAACUUUUAAUUCUAUGUAAACGAGAUCCCUCUUUUAGAUAUAAAAUUGAAUCUUACGUCUUAUAGAACAUGAACAGUGAACUUUCGAAGGUUUCCGUUGAAAAUUCAAGAACUAGUCUCUGUAGAGAAUAGAAGGCAAACAAAAUGUUUAGUGGUACAGGUAGUAGUUGGAGAUGAAAGCAAAUAAUAAUGAAUCUUAAACAAAAAAGGAGGCUGAGACUAGGAAGAGACACUCCCCUUAAUUAUCAAACAGUUUGAACACCAAGAAUUUUAGCAGCAUUAACACAGCUUCAAAAGUGGUUGCCACUCAAAAAGGCCUCACUGAUGAAGCUAUAUAAUGAGGAUUGCCAAAACAAACACAUCACAAAGCCUUCUCAACCAAACCACAUUUGAAGCAAAUUUAGGUCUGCAAUGAAAACUGCUUCCAUUUUUCUGGGUAUUAUCCUGUCCUUGCUUCUGUUUGUGAAUUUCUGCUUUGCAGAAGAAGAAAAUGUUGCUGAACUCCACUCUGCCCAAGGUGCUGCUGGUGUAGCAGCUAAAAAUGGAGAGGAAGACCAAGAAGAGAAAUUCAUGUUUCUUCAUCACCACAAGCCAUACUUGAAGAAGCCAUUUCUAAAGCCAAUUCCAUAUAAACAUCCUUUUCUGAAGAAGCCAAUCCCAGUUCAUCAUCCAUUUCUCAAGAAGCCAAUCCCCAUUCAUCCAUUCCUCAAGAAGCCAGUUCCAAAGCCACUUAACCCACCAGUCUUCGCCACCCAUCCUUGAAAUAUGUUAAAAAAGAAGGCUCAGUUCUAUUAUUAUUACUGUUUGUCUGUUUAAUUGUAGAAUUGGAUGAAGUUAUUUCCAAUUCAAAUAAAGCUCUGUUUCUAUUUCUGUUAAAAUAACUGUGUUAGUUUCAAAUAUGAAGCUUCUGUUCGUUUACCAAUGGAUCAGUUUAAGCACUGCUGAA